AUGUAUCUAUCUAUCUAUCUCAGCCUGUUCAUUUUCGAUCUAUCUAUCUAUCUAUCUAUCUAUCUAUCUAUCUAUCUAUCUAUCUAUCUAUCAUCUAUCUAUCUAUCUCAGUCUCUUCAUGUCUGUCUAUCUAUCUAUCUAUCUAUCUAUCUAUCUAUCUAUCACGUUUUCUUUCAUUUUUUUCUUUCUUUCUUUCUUUCUUUCUUUUUUCUUUCUUACUUUCUUUCUUUUUCUUCUCAAUUUUCUUUGACCAUUUUUUUUUUAUAUAUUUUCUUACUUCUUCCUUUCUGUUUCUUUUCUUCUUCUUCUUAUUUUUUCUUCUUCUUCUUUGUUUUCAUUUGCUUGGGUUUUUUUACCCUUUCUUCUUUUAAAUAUAUUCCUUCUUUUUCUUCUUCUGCUUCUUCUUCAUCUCCUUUUCUUCUUCUUCUUCUUCAUCAUUAUCAUCAUCUUCUUCUUCUUUUUCGUCAUUGUUUUCAUUUGCUUGGAUUUUCUCUUUUUUCUCUUCUUUUAAAUAUUUUUCCUUUUGCCUAUUCGUUUUCUUAUUUCUACUCCAUUUUUUCACUUCUUUCUUUUUCUCCAUUUUCGCCAUCCCUCUCCUUUACAAAUUUUCCUACAUCUGUUCUUGGACUCCUUCCAUUAUUCUCCUUCUCCUCCUCCUCUUCUUCUUCUUCUUCUUUUUCGUCUUCUUCUUCUUCUUCUUCUUCUUCGAGGUGCUUGUAUUUCCCGCCUUCCCUCUCUAUUACAUAUUUUUAUUCGUCUGUAAUUAAAAUCCUUUUUCUUCUUCUUCUUCUCCUCCUUCUUCUUUUUCUUUUUUUCGUUUUCCAUCUUUUUUCUUUCUCUUCUUCUUUUUCUUCUUUUUUUUCUUCUUCCCCUAGAAUUAGCAUUUUUCGACCUCCCUCAUUUUUACAGUCUUUCCUUCAUCUUUUCUUAGCAUCAUUCCAUGUCUUCUUCUUUUUCAUUUGCUUAGAUUCUCCAUUUAUCCUCCUUCUCCUCCUCCUCCUCCUUCUUCUUGUUCAUCUUUUGCUUACAUUUUUUGACCUCCCUCUUUUUAACAGGUUUCCUUCAUCUUUUCUUAGCAUCCUUCCAUGUCUUCUUCCUUUUCUUCUUCUACUACUUUUUCUUCUUCUUCUUCUUCUUCUUCUUCUUCUUCUUCUUCUUCUUCUUCUUCAUUUGCUUAGAUUUUCGCCUUCCCUCUCUUUUACAGAUUUUUCUUCCUCUGUUCUUGGACUCCUUCCAUUUACCACCCCCUUCUCCUCCGCCUCCUCCUCCUCCUUCUUCUUGUGCUUAUAUUUUCCGCCUUCCCCCUCUAUUACAUAUUUUUAUCUAACUGUACUUAGAAUCCUUUUAAUUCUUUUUCUUCUUCUUCUUCUACUACAGUCAUGGAAUUUUUCUUCAUGUAUAAUCCUUCCAUUUCGUCUACUUUCUCUUCAUCUUCUUUGGCAUCCUUCCAUAUCUUCUUCUUCUUCUUCUCCUUCCUUCUUUUUCUGUACUUGUUUUUUCCUCCCCCUCUUCGUCUUCCUUCCAUCUUUUCUUACUUUUCUCUUCUGUUGCUCUUAUUAUUCCCCUUUUCCUUCAUAUUCCCCUUUUCCUUCAUUUUUUUUAAUUCCUAAAUAUGUACACUGUACUCUUCUAUUUCUCUCCCCCCACUUGAUUCAAAUCUUCGUCCCCAAUGUUUGUUAUUUGUCCGUGUACAUAUCGAAAUGCCUCGCGGCCAAUUCAUUCUGUCCUACAAAUAUGGCAUCUGCGUAUCGACAUUGUUUUCCAAGCACAUCUCUCUGUGUCAUAUGCCCCGGAGCCAUCGGACGCACAGCGGACGAACCGUGUCGUCUCUCCCUGCUAAAUGCUUUACAUACCUUCUCUCUCAACGGCGAAAACAAGCGCAAACGGAUAUAG